AUGGCCGACGCAACGACCUCCUCCCCGCCACCCGUCGAGGUAUCCAAGAACAAAAAGCACCGCAAAGACAAGCCGUGGGACGACGAGACCAUCGACCACUGGUCCGUCCCCAAAUUCACCGCCGACGAGAUCAAAGGUCCCUUCCUGGAAGAGUCCUCCUUCGCAACCCUCUUUCCCAAGUACCGCGAACGCUAUCUCAAAGAAGUCUGGGGACAUGUCACAUCCGCGCUCGAUAAGCACGGUAUUGCGUGCACACUCGAUCUCGUCGAGGGCAGUAUGACGGUCAAGACGACGCGUAAGACCUACGACCCAUACGUGAUCCUCAAGGCGCGCGAUAUGAUCCGUCUGCUCUCCCGCAGCGUACCAUUCCCGCAAGCGGUCAAAAUUUUGGAGGACGGCGUGGAGUGCGAUGUGAUCAAGAUCGGCAACCUGUUGCGCAACAAGGAGCGAUUCGUCAAGCGAAGACAACGAAUCAUCGGUCCCAACGGGAGCACGUUGAAAGCGAUCGAGCUGUUGACGGGGUGCUAUGUGCUAGUGCAAGGAAACACAGUCAGCGCAAUGGGUCAGUUCAAAAAUCUCAAAGAGGUGCGACGCAUCGUCAUCGACUGUCUCAAAAACGUACAUCCGAUCUACCACAUCAAGGAGCUCAUGAUCAAGCGCGAGCUGGCCAAAGAUCCCAAAUUGGCCGAGGAGAAUUGGGAACGCUUCCUGCCCAAAUUCAGAAAGCAGAACCAGAAGAAGUCGAAACCCACCACCACAGAGGAAGGAGAGGAGAAGAAGCCCAAGCAGAAGAUCAAGCCCAAGACCUACACGCCCUUCCCUCCACCCCAGCAACCCAGCAAGAUCGACCUCCAGCUCGAGAGCGGAGAGUACUUCCUCAAGCCGCGACAGAAGAAGCAGGCGGAAGAGGCGAAGAAGCUGCAGAAGCAAGCGGAACAUCGCGAGACGAGGGAAGCCGAGAGGCAGAAAGCUUUCAUCGCGCCGGUCGAGGGCGACGCGGGCAAGAAAGAGAAGCGAAAGCGCAACGACGAGAGUGGCGAGAAGAAGAGCAAGAAGGUCAAGUAG